CAUCUGGUCGACUUGUUCGAUUACAAGCAGACUGUUUGUGCAGAGACUUGGAGAGUCUGGGAAGAGAUUUCAUCCGAGUUCAAGGAAAGAAACCUCCGGGUUAGCUACUUUAACUCAACCCCGCAGGGUGGUGGAGUUGCCCUCAUGCGUCAUGCCUUGCUGCGGUUCCUUCAUCUCAAUGGCAUCAAGGUGCACUGGUAUGUCUCGCGUCCCAAGCCUGAAGUAUUUGAUAUCACAAAGCGCAAAUUCCACAAUGUCCUACAAGGUGUAGCACAUCCUGAUGUUUGCUUGACCGAGGAAGAGAAGCAAAUCUUCACUGAUUGGUCUGACGACAAUGCAAACCGAUUCUGGGUUGACAACAAGGGUCCCAUCUUAAACUCAGAUGUAAUUGUGAUUGAUGACCCACAGUUGUCAGGUAUCAUCCCUCACAUCAAAAAGCAUGCUCCUAAUGUUCGUAUCAUCUUCCGCUCGCACAUCGAAAUGCGCGCUGAUUUGAUUCGCGAAUACCCAGAAGGCCCUCAGGCAGAGACCUGGAACUUCCUCUGGAACUUUAUCCAGCAUGCUGAUCUGUUUGUCUCUCACCCAAUCAAGAACUUUGUUCCUGAUGUCGUGCCCCGCCGAAACGUUGUUCAGCUACCUGCCUGCACAGAUCCUCUCGAUGGUCUCAACAAACCACUCAAUGGCUGGUGUAUGGCCUACUACCGCGGUGUCUUUAACCGUGUGUGUGUAGAUCAGGGUGCCAUGGAAGUCAACUGGCACAGACCAUACAUUGUCCAGGUAGCUCGUUUCGAUCCUUCAAAAGGUAUUCCUGAUGUUUUGGAGUCUUAUCGUCUCUUGCGUGAGCGAAUGGAAGCAGAAGGCUGGGAAGAAUACACCAUUCCUCAGUUGGUUAUCUGCGGCCACGGCAGUAUCGAUGACCCUGACGGUACCAUCAUUUACGAACAGACUCAUGAGGUUACCCAGAACGCAUCGUUUGCCAAUAUCACCGAAGACAUCAUCGUUGCCCGCUUGCCUCCUUCGGACCAGCUUCUGGAUAUGAUUAUGAGCGGUGCGCACGUGGCCCUCCAGCUCUCUCACCGAGAAGGCUUCGAGGUCAAGGUCACCGAGGCCCUGGCCAAGGGCGUACCUGUGGUUGCCUACAAAGCCGGCGGUAUUCCUCUACAGAUCAAGGAGGAAGAGACUGGCUUCUUGGUCCCAAUUGGUGACGUGGUUGGCGUGGCCGAAAUCCUGUUCAAGCUCUUCUCGGACAGCGAGCUCCACGAACGUAUCAGCACAGCCGCCAAGGAAAACCUGACCGAAGAGUACUUUACAGUCUGGAACGCCAUGUCCUGGCUCCACAUG